AUGACUUGGCAUUUUCAAGCUCUUCGUGCUAUUCAUCCACUCACUUUCUCGGUGUCAGUACUUAUCAUCGUAUUAUUGAGUAGGUGGCUUGAUAGAGCACAUGUCUUCUAUAAUGAGGGAAGAGCGUAUCCAGCCGAUGUUUAUUAUACCUUUGUGUUGGCCUGUAUCUCUACUUUAUUGGGUACGGGUUUAUGUAUUCCAAAAAUAUCACGCACUUAUGCGUUUCGACCCCCCGUCUUGUUCACGUUUGGAUUGUUAAUGGUUGCCUGGUUAGCUGAUGCGAUUGCGAUUGUCGCAAGAAAAGAUAAUGGAUCAAUAAUGGAUAAGGCAUCAAUAACGGAUAACGAAAAUAUUGUCGAUGACGACGAAGAUGAAAGACGUAAUGAAGCUGCAAGGAUUGGAAUUGCAGUUAUGGGUUUGGCAUGGAUAGAAUUCGUGCUUUUUGACUUGACGCUUUUUGUAAAAUACUUGGUGCAAAAGCGUCGUCGUAAUAAAUUUGCAGACACGAAAAAUCUUGACAGCGAUGCAAAAGAAUUGAGCAUGGAUUUAGAAAAUGGUGAUGUUAAACCAGGUGCUUUGAUUGUGCAGGAAAAUAUUGUGGAACAAAAAACUCCACUAGCAAAUCAAAAUGAAAAUAAAAAUGGCAACAACGAUAAAAGCAACGAUAACGACGCCAAUGCCACCGACGACAACACCAAGGACAUAAAAAAUAAUGACGGUGAAAUAUACGCGGAGGCUCGAUAUGAUUUCAAAUAUCAAGAGGGAUCCAAUUUCUCUUUCAAAGUUGGGGAUAAAAUCAGAAUUACGAAAAAGACAAAUAGUACUAAAGAUUGGUGGAAGGGUGAAAUCAAUGGAAAGGAAGGCGAGUUCCCGGCCGAUUACGUGAGAUUAUUGUGA